GAGAAGAGAAUGCAAAUGAUUUCAAAGAUGAAAGGGAAAGAAAAAAAGCAAAAGAAAUAGUUAAAUUUUAUUUAGGAAGAAAAAAAAUGAAGGAUUCAAGUUCAAAGUUUACACAAACUGGUAAGAGUAAGUGAAAGAAGAAGAAGGUGGACAGGCUAAGCAGGUUACCGAACUAAAUCAUCCACGUGCUUCCCUUUGUGGACGCAGUUUCAGCUGUUCAAACUAGCGUUUUGAGUAAGCAAUGGAAGAAGCUUUGGACUUCCCUCCCCGUCCUCAACUUCAACUCUUUCUCCUUCCACCACCCUCUCCUCUUCCACUCUUUCAUCCACCACUUCAUGUCCCACAGAGACUCUUCCACCAACCUCUACGCUCUCAACUUCUCCUGCAACGAUGAACUCGACGAUGGCCAUAUGGUUGAUUCCAUCAUUGACCAUCUCACCCUCUCACCCACCAUUCAGCUUCUCACCAUCUCCGCUGAAUGCCCCGUGGCCAACCUUCCUCAACUCUCUUUGUGUCAAUCCCUCACCACCCUCAAGCUCGCCGACAUAUCCACCGAGGCCACAACGUUUGACUUUGUUUCUCUUCAACGAUUCUACCUUUUUGAUUGUUGGUUCGAGUGUGGGGCAGAGAAGACACUUGAUCUUUUCAGGGGUUGUGUUAAUCUCAGAUGAUUGUGUCUGCAUGAUUGUCAGUACUAUGGCAGUGUUAAAAGCUUCAAAAUCUCCGCGCCCCAUCUUGUGGAUUUGAGUUUCUUGGGGAUGAGAGUGGAUGAUGUGUUUGAUUCCGACUGUGUUAUUGAGCUUUUCACACCAAGGCUUCAAUCUUUUAGCUUCCUAGACUCUCAUCUUUAUAAGUUUUCUGCAACGGUGAAUCUUUCCCAAGUAGAAAAAGUGGAUAUUGUUAUAAACUGUUUGACUAAAGAUACUGAUCUUUCUGUCCGGCUGAUUAAAUUUUUUCUAAGUGAUGGGACGUGCAAAGUUCUGCAUAUGUUUUCUGAUGUGUUGAGUGGUUGGACUUCUCCUUUCACUAGAGUGGUGAGUUUUAAGUUAAACAUGGGCAGACCUCCUUCCUCCUAUGUUAUACAUUCCAUUGUCAUGGCCUACUUAUUUGGUGGAUCUCCUGAAAUGAGAGGGUGCUUAGAGUAAAAACAAAUUUGAUAAAUGAUGGCUUGCGCCUAACUGCCACCGUUUUACUUAUAAGAGGAUAAAGAGAUGUUUUGCUUGGGUAUAAAGUACUUGUAUUUUCUGCUAAGAAGUAUGUACCAACGUUCUUAUUCUGAUGUCAUAUUUGUUAAAUAUGGUUAUUUUGCAAUCAUUUAGGCUCUUGCUGUAAUAGUCUGUCACUGGAGUGUUUGUUUGCCUUUUUUUUUUUUUUUUUUUUGUAAAUAUGGAAUCUCAAUUAUCAAUUAGCUUAAAAGUACAAGUGAAAAUGGUAAACGGAUUG